AUGCUUUGGUCUAAAUCAGCUUGGAUUUCAACUGUUCUCGCGGGUGCCAAACUAUGCAAUGCAGCUCAAUUAGAACAAAUCGAGCGUAAGCUGGGCAUUGAGAACUUUGAAGUGCCUCAAUUAGACUUUUCGCAAAGCAGCAAUGGUGGGGCUCAACUGCUGGGCAACUACCAAGACCUGAACUACUACAGGUAUACCGGUCAAAGCAACUUCACUGGUAAUGUCAGCAACACGACGACUGAUCAACGACUAAUCUACAUUUCAGACGGAACUUUUAUAGAGCUCUACACUCCACAGAACAACGACAGCUUUAAUAUCAAUCAGAUUGUUCCGCUAGCAUCCGAUUCCUUCAUUCUCAGUGGAUCGGGCUCCCUGUCAGGCCUACAAUUAGAUCAUCAAGUUGUGCUUAACCUAUCAACGCUUGAGUAUAAACAGAUAUUCCCACAAGCAUUGUCAAAAGUCAAUGCAAUUGAAGUUGUAGAUGACAUCGUUUAUUUUGGUGGGUCAUUCGAAUACAAACACUCAAACUCAACUGUUCAUUCAGUUAUCUCUUGGGACUAUACAAAAAAUCAGAUUGAGACUGUGCCCUUCGGUGGGUUUGGUUCAGACUCGACAGUCAACUCCAUCUUGCCAUGGAAUGAUGAGACCCUUUUCUUUGCCGGUAAUUUCUCCACAAUCGAUAACAUCACGAUGUUCGAGAAUUACACGAACUCCAGUAAAUUCAACGAAACUGCUCCCGAGCUUGGCAACCCAAUAUCUCUGAGAAGUGCGCAGUUUGACUCCGCUGGAAGUUUGAAUGCAAAUCAACUCAUAUGCCCUUCGUCUUCACAGGACGCUGGAUGGCUAGAAAGUGGUAAUACCAAUGGCGAAUUCGAGCUCACAUUUGCAGUUCAAACGAAGGCCUCAAAGCUUCGUCUUUUCAACUCGCCGGUUGCAGAUGAACAGGUUUCGUUAUUCCGUGUAAUCACGUCACCCUCCAACAGCAUAAUGAAUCUUACUUAUCUGGAUCCCUCGACAGGAUCACUAACCUCCUGUGACGCAUGGUGCCCGCUUUAUGCUACGGCCAAUUUGAGUGUUGCUAGUUUACAGACAGCAAACGCUGACAGAGUUUCUUUCCUGAACAAUCAAACCACACUCGAAUGGUCCAGUUCGUACCAAGACUUCGCCUUUGUCGAUGAAGUACCCAUCUCUACUCUCACUUUUAUAGCCCUAGACUCAUACGGCUCGAGUGUUGGAAUUAAGUCACUAGAACUCUUCGAAGGUCAGAUCUCAAUCUUCGCUAAUAACACACUCAAUGUGCCUAACUGCGACAAUACAGUGUACAAGUCCCAAUCAGAAAUUUCCGAGACCACUUUAUGGAACUCCAGUUCAACAGGCGAACGCUACAUUUAUACUUCUUUUGACAGUAGUCAAGAAUCACCUUCUGUGAACUAUUCGGUCGAGAUUGAUUAUCCUGGCACAUACACGGUCAACCUACUAACCCCGGGAUGUUUGUCUGAUGAUACUUGUGGAGCAAGAGGUAUAGUCAAUGCUACGGUACUUGACAAAAAGAACAAUACGGUAUUAUCCACAUUUCAAAUUUACCAGAACAAUGACUACGAAAAGUAUGAUACCCUUUACUCUGGACCUCUCAGUGACAGCAUAGUUGUAAGAGUUAUUUACCAAACUCCCAUUCCAAGCAGCUCAGAGGAUUAUGUUAUGGUUGCCGAUAAGAUCGAGGUUGUCAUUCAGGACUUUGAUGACUCUGUUUUCGACACAACGAGGAAGUCGGGUCUCUUGAAUGGUUUUUUGCAGUACAAUUUGGCGAACUCAACAGCAGUUAUGUCAAAUACAACUUCCAACUCAACAUCGGAUCUAAGAGCCUUCUCGAUUGUAGAACUCUCGAAGGGCGCCAACAUAUUUGUCGACAGACUUCAGAACACAUUCGUAUUACUGACAUCGUCCGGCGAAAUGGUCACAGGAAGUCUAGGGGAAAACCUUGAAAUCUCUGAUAUUCGCGUGAAUACCAUUGGCAACAAAAUCGAGGGUGUGAGAGCCUACUCUAAUGGCCUGGCAAUAAUAGGAGCAUUCAAUGGCUCUUCGACAGCACAAACUUUCGAUAACAAUGGAACGCUUUCUGAAUUCCCGCUGCUGGAUACCCAAGCGACUCGCGUCACCAACAUUACCUUAGAUGGUGACGAAAUCCUUUUUUUCAAUGAGAAUGCAGCCUUCAAUGUUACUUUGAAUGAAGUCAUGCUCAAUAACUCCAAGCUGACGAUUUCGGCUCUAAGUGCAGGUUCGAACUCUUUGAAUGAUACCUUGAUGCAAGGAACAUUGAUUCACAAUGACUUCACAUCGCUAAAUGGGCUUUUCUCUAUUUCUACGGGAACUAUCAUACCCUCAAACCAGACUAAUGCAUUUGAGUCCAAAAUUCCGUAUGACGCCGUUUUCGUUGAUAAUAGCAAAUCAAUCUAUGCAUGUUUUGAUACAGAAGCCUCCUCAGAUCCUCACAGUUUAAUGAAGGUUGAAAACGCAAGUCGUAUUCAGAGCCUGCCAUAUAAAUGGCCUGCUGCAAUUUCUGCCCUGGCGUACUUGAAGAACGACUCUCUUUUGGCAAUCGGGUUAGAUAACCAAAUAUCCGGCCCGCAAUUCGCCUUAACAAAUCUCAGUACGAACGAAAACAUCGCCAACACAUCUUGGGCCAGUGGAGGAUCUAUAAGCUCUUUCAUUUUCCUCGAGAAAAAUACGUCUAUUUUGGUAGGUGGAAACUAUACUGAUGAAAAAUCGAACUGUUCAGGACUCUGUCUCUUUGAUUACAGCAAAAAUACCUGGUCAUCUUUCAUGAACAAUUCGCUGACUGGUAUCAUCAGCAGCAUGAGACUUUUGAACGAAACUUCCGUCGCCGUCGCAGGCUCUUUGCAGCUAAACGGCACUCAAAGUGCCAGUCUUGCCGCUAUAUCCUUGGCAAACGGCACGUCCCAAGUCAUAAAAGCGGGAAAUGAAACAAUUAGAGACUUCAUUUAUUUGGGAGACUCUCAGGACAAUAUUAUUGCGCUGUCAGAGCGCAAUGUUUACCAGCUCACGAAUGGCAGCUGGAUAAAAAUUUCCUCGAUGUUUAAAUCAUCUUCUCGCUUCGAAGAGGCUCGCAACUUCCCAUCAGCCAAUCUCUCCUCAGGUCAGGAGAAGGACAACGAGACCGAAGCCGUAGUAAUUACUGGUGAUCUUUAUCAUGAACAAUACGGCUUCUUGAACGCCAUAAUCUAUCAAUCUCGAAAGUGGACUCCAUAUUUUACCACGUCAUUCUCGGCAGCUGCUUCAAACUUGGACCAGCCACCUCGCAUAUUCACAAACAGAGACCUGACAUCAGUUGACAACUACCAAGGGUUCUUUCAGAGUGCGUUUGCAAGUAAUUCCUCCAAUUCUGGCGAAAAUCCAUCUAGUCCCGCUCCCUCAUCAGACACGCAUCAACGAGGUGGUAAAAAGCUUGUAGAUCGGGGAUUCGUUGUGCUGAUUGGUCUUGCGCUAUCUAUGGGAACAGUAGCCGUCCUGGGGACACUGGGAGUAGCAUUUUCCUACUUUUUCGGGGAUAGUACUGACAGCUACCAGUCACUGAAACCACGUAUCGAUGAAAACGAUAUGAUAGACAGUGUUCCACCGGAACAGCUCAUGAAAUUCAUAUAA